UGUUGGUAAUGACUGCAAGUGCCACUUCUGGACUUUUUCCCCACACUUUUAAUGUCCGAAAGGGAAAAAUGCAAAAUUUCCAGGGCUCAAAUACAGCAAAUGUUCGGGUGCAAAAAAAGAUGGGACUUGCAUCUUCCGUGUCGAUGACCCUGAGCAGUAUAAUAGGAGCUGGAAUUUUCAUAUCACCGAAAGGAGUGUUGAAAUAUGCAGGAUCAGCUGGAAUGUCACUCGUAGUGUGGAGUUUAAGUGGUUUGAUUUCGAUGAUAGGAGCGAUGUGCUUUAUAGAACUAGGUACCUCUAUCCCAAUUUCCGGUUCUGAUUAUAGCUACCUAUUGAUAUGCUUUGGAGAAUUACCUGCAUUUUUAUAUUUGUGGGCAUAUAUACUAAUAAUUGUGCCGGUUUACAAUGUAAUAUUAUGCUUGACAUUCGCUAAUUAUAUAUUUGAAUUGGUUCUCCCAAACUGUGAUGUCCCUGAUGGAGUCUUACCAAUACUAGCAUCCCUGCCGAUAUGUCUUUUGACAUAUGUUAAUUGUCGCGAGGUGCACUGGGCUACUCGUGUACAAGGAAUAUUUACUUCUGCCAAAAUGUUAACUGUAACUGCAAUCAUCGUUUCUGGUAUAUAUUAUUUAUGUUCAGGCAACACUCAGAAUCUAGACGAUGCUUUCCAUGGAACAACAAAGAAUCCAAGUUUCAUGGCAUUAAGUUUUUAUCAUGGACUCUACUCUUUUGCAGGAUGGAGUUUUACCAAUCAUGUUGUAGAAGAAUUGAAAAAUCCUACCAUAAAUCUACCCAGAAACAUUUACAUUUCCUUAACUAUCGUUACCAUUAUCUACAUCUUGGCCAAUGUAGCGUAUUUAGCCGUCCUGACUCCAAAUGAAAUACUGACUUCAAAAGCUGUAGCAGUGAGUUUCGGUGAGAAGAUUUUCGGAUUGCUGUUUUCUUCAGUUAUGUCUCUGUCUGUGGUUCUUUCAACAUUAGGAACAAUGAAUUGUAGAAUAUACAGAUGUAGCAGAUUAUUUAUGGCAGCUGCUAGAGAAGGCCAUUUACCGAAUCUUCUCGCAAUGAUUCAUGUCAAGUAUCUAACCCCAGUUCCAAGUAUCAUAUUCGUGCUACUACUGACCUUGACAUAUUUGUCCUCAACUGAAAUAUUGUUUCUUGUCAAUUAUGGGCAAUUCGUAAGCGCCAUAUUCGAUUUUCUAACUGUUGUAGGUUUUCUUUGGCUGAGAUACAAGGAACCACACCUCGAAAGACCCAUCAAGGUUAGCCUUUUCUUUCCUAUAGCAUAUCUUCUGAUCUUUGCAUUUUUAUUGACCUUCGCACUUUUUGCGGGCCGCUGGGAACCCUUGAUGGGCAUAGCUGUGGUAUCAACCGGAAUACCGAUUUACAUGGUUGCUGUCUUCUGGAAAAAUAAACCAAAUUUUUACAACAAAAUUUCAAGGAAAUUUACUUCGUUUGCACAGAAGUUACUUUUAAGCGUACCUGAAGAAAAGGAUGAAUGAAAGAGGAUUUUUGACGAUUCCUUUCAACACCAAAGGUGGAAUAGCCGAUGAUGCAGAAAUCCGUACUAUGAAGAUCGUGACUAAAUAAUGAAAAUGUGCUGCCUUAAUAUUCAUUUCUGAUUUGAUCACUAUAUUGACAAGAAGAUAUAUUUCAUAAUGUUAGAACAAUAAAAAUCGACGAAGGAAGAUUGUAUCAAAAAU